CCAAGCAAGAUUAUCUACAUUGGCAACCUGUUCUUCGAGGUCACCGCGCCACAACUCGAGGCUGAAUUCGGACGAUUUGGCGAAGUCACCAACAGCCGCAUUGUCACAGACACCAACGGAAGGAGCAAGGGUUUUGGUUUUAUUGAGUUCGCAAAUCGGGAUGACGCGGACAGAGCUAUCCGAGAGUUGGACCAGAAGGUCUUCGAGGGCAGACGCAUGUCUGUGCAAUACCACGUCCCUCGGGAGCGAAACAAGGCUCAGCGCAAUGUGAAUACCAAGCCGAGCAAGACAUUGUUCAUCGGUAACAUGUCUUACCAGAUGAGCGAUCGCGACCUAAAUGACCUCUUCCGACAGAUUCGCAACGUGCUCGACGUGAGAGUCGCCAUCGAUCGCCGAAGCGGACAGCCACGUGGUUUUGCUCACGCUGAUUUCGUCGACGAGGCGAGUGCAACCAAGGCUAAAGAGUUGCUCGAGCAGAAGGUGGUGUAUGGCCGGCAAUUGCGUGUGGACUACUCAACGUCUACCCCAGCCAGCCCA